AUGGUGAAAGUCCCAUGGCAGGAGAUUGCCAAACAGGCCCAGGCACAGCGCGACAAGUCAAUCGAUCAGAUACAGCCCCCUAUUCCCGCGGUCCCAAGCCCAGAUGAACUUCCGUUGAAUGUGACUUCCAUUCCACGAGAGCUGUUGAAUGAAGCAGAGCUCAAAAUCACGGAAUCGCCUCCGGAGGAACUUUUGAAAUUCUUGGCUUCAGGGGAGCUCAGCAGCGUUGACGUGACGACUGCCUUCUUGAGACGUGCGGGCAUUGCCCAGAAGUUGACGAACUGUGUGACCGAGGUCCUUCCACACAGUGCGAUUCAACGAGCCAAAUAUUUGGACGACUAUCUUGCCGAGCACAAGAAACCCAUCGGGCCUCUGCACGGCCUCCCAAUCAGUGUCAAAGAGCACAUUGGGAUCAAAGGAUUGGGACACAACGGCGGGUUUGUGGGAUGGUGGGACCGUGUGGCGCCGGAAGACGCACAUAUCUUGCAACUGUUCCAGAACGCCGGAUGUGUGUUAUACGUGCGCACCACGCAGCCGCAGUGUUUGAUGCAUCUAGAGACGGCGAACAACCUCUAUGGGACAACAGUGAAUCCCUACAACCGAAACCUAACGCCCGGAGGCAGUUCUGGUGGUGAGGGAGCCUUGAUCGCUCUCAAGGGCAGUCCGCUCGGCAUCGGCACCGACAUUGGCGGCAGUAUCCGCUCGCCAGCAGCCAAUUGUGGCAUUUGGGGUUUCCGACCAUCCUCAUACCGCUUACCGCUCGGAGGGCUGACGGCGCCCAUGGCGGGCCAGGAACAGAUUGUUCCUGUCAUCGGGCCGAUGAGCGCCAGCUUUGAAGGAUGCCACAUCUUUAUGAAGACCCUGAUUGACCAGCAACCGUGGCUUGAUGACCCGUCGCUGUUGCCGAUGCCGUGGAACUACACUCCGAACCACAGCAACAGCAGCACCGCCAAAAGCUAUCUGACCAAGCCAGACGGGACCAAGAGACUCAAAAUUGGUGUUUUAUGGUCCGACGGCGUUGUCCAGCCCCACCCACCCGUGUCCCGGGCACUACGCGAGGUGACUACCAAGCUGCAAUCCACAAGCAACAACAGUGGCAUCGAGUUCGAGUUUGUGGAUUGGAAACCCCACCGUCAUGAUCAGGCGUGGGACAUUAUUUCCAGCAUGUAUUUUUGUGAUGGGGCCGCGCAGGACCGGGCGGCCAUCGCCUCCAGCGGCGAACCCUGGCUGCCUCUGUCGGAAUUCAUCAUCAAGGAGCAACCAGGUGUCAAGGAGUAUACUGUUUCUGAGGUGUGGGGGCUCACCAUCCAGCGAGAGGCGUACCGCGCCGAGUAUGCCAAAGUGUGGAAUCAGUCCAAGGAUUUGGAAACGUGGGGAGACGGAAACGACGCCACAAAGGCAGAACAGAAGCCUAAGCUUGAAUAUCCUGUCGAUGUCAUCUUGUGUCCCGUCGGUCCUGGCGCCGCCCCGCCUCUCAACCACUCCAGAUACUGGGGUUACACGGCUCAAUGGAACCUGCUCGACUAUCCGGCCAUGGUGUUCCCCGUGACACAGGUUGAUCCGGCCAAGGACAAAGUCGAUGAGUCGUAUAAGCCGCUCAACGCCCAGGACGAGUGGAAUUAUAAUCUCUACUCGCCGGACAGAUAUGUCGAUGCUCCGGUGUCCUUGCAGCUGGUGGGAAGAAGGUAUCAGGAUGAAAAGGUCUUUGAGGCCAUGGAGGUUAUCAAGAAGGCCGUUGGUGGUCAGUUGCCGCUUGAGCCCUUUAGAUAG